GUGUGUGUGUGUGUGUGUGUGUGUGUGUGUGUGUGUGUGUGUGUGUGCAGCUCUGAGUGAGGCUGCUCGACACGUAGUCGGUGUGUGUGUGUGUGCACCAGACCCUUCUCUCUCUCCACUUAAACAGCCCCGGCCGGCCUCCACCACCGUCGUUGUGCUCUACAAUUGCAGCUCGAGCCUCUUCAGGAAAGAAGCACGCCAGGCGACGAACCUCGCUUGCAUCCAACCAGCUACGCCAUGGACGCCGGCAAGACGCCUCAUCCGCUGCCUCUGAGCGCGGCCCAAAACCAGAUCCGGGAUGAUGUCCCACUGGUCUGCGCAUGGGCGCUCGUCAACGCCUUCGCCAUCGCCGGCAGCCAAGCAUCCCUCUACAUAGCUGGCUACACCCACCUCGCGUGCAUCCAGAUCCAGUCAUCAUCCAUUCUGCCCUGCCUCUGGGUCGGGAUGCUGUGCUGCGCCGCAACCCAGUCGGCCGCGGCGGCGCUGGCGCUGCUGCUCCCAUGCCACCGUCGCCGGGCCCGCCGUGCCCUCGCCUACCUCGCGCUCGCGGUCACUGUCCUCUUCCAUUGCAUGUACGCCAUCCACUUCCGGAUCUCCCUCGCCGCCUACCCAGGAGGAUACAUCUUCGGCUGGAUCGUUUACACCGUGGUCCUCUGCUACAUGGUGGUGCGCGACCUGACCUGCCUGACCGACCUCCUUCGAGGUGAUGGUUGGGGCAAGCAGUAGUGCAGUACGCGGUCUAUUGGUUCAGCUAGCUUAGCAGCAAGCUGCAAGGGAUCAUGUCCGUGGAUCAGCUUAUGAGGUACUGAUGAGAGCCUAGUUCUAGGGAAUAAUUUAGGGCAGUAUGCAUUAAUUCCGCAGUGACGAUUGAUGGAGUAGUGCCGUAUUUGCGAAUCUAGUAGCUGGUCUAGUGUUAAUAUCCAGAUCGACUCUAGUACUACCUCCGUCCCGGUGUAUAAGUCAUUCGCGUAGUUCUAGGUCGAUAAUUUAACUAUCUAAAUAUGUAUUAUAUGUGACAAAAAAUAUAUAUUUAGAAACUACAUCCGUGUGGAAAUCUAGUGGUAUACUUUUCAUGACAUAUAACACAUAUUUAAUUCCUCAAAUCGAUGACCUAGAACUACGCGAAUGACUUAUACACCCGGACGGAGGGAGUAUUUGGGCUAUGCUUUGCUUGCUAUAUAAUUAGACUGGAUGGAUUGUGGCUAUCUUCGAUGUAUUCGACCUUAAUUUUCUCUAUAUGUGAUCGUCAGACAUGAGUUAUAUGCUUAUUUAGCACCAGCUUCGGUAUAAUCGAUGCUGCUGAAAUUGCUGCCGUGUA